AUGAUAUCUAACCUGAUUAAGCAUCCACUUGAAGCCGACUGCAGCAGAACACUGAUUCUUGGAAGCACAAAGAUUUAUUCUCGAACAAUGGCGAGGCUUGGUCAAUUGGCAAGAACAGUAUUCAGAUCUCUAAAACAUCAAUCAUCAUUCACUUUCCAAUUACAAUCUAGAAGAUCUUCUUUUUAUUUUUUGAAUACAUAUUUUACAAAACCCUGGAAUUAUUCUCCCAAUUCAAGAAUAAGCUUCACUUCACGCAGUUAUUCUUCUCUGACUGAAGAAUCUCAGUCCCCUAGCACCAUCGAUUACCGUUCUGUGCUUCCGGAAGAGAAGUAUCACAUGUUGGCUAAUUCCACUAUCCAUGACCUGAUAGAGAAGCUAGAGGAAUAUGGCGACUCCGUGGAGAUUGAUGGUUUCGAUGUAGACUAUGGGAAUGAGGUAUUAACUCUGAAGCUCGGGAAUUUGGGAACCUAUGUAAUAAACAAGCAAACACCAAAUAGACAGAUUUGGAUGUCAUCUCCCCUGAGUGGCCCAUCUAAGUUCGAUUGGGAUCAAAAUGCCCAAGCUUGGAUUUAUCGGCGAACUAAAGGGAACUUGAUCAAAGUUUUGGUGGUUCGAUUGGGAUCAAAAUGCCCAAGCUUGGAUUUAUAG